CUGCCAUGGACCCCCUCUCCAUCUCCACCGGCGUGGCAGGCCUCAUUGGCCUCGCCCUCCAAGUCGCUCCCAUCCUUAAUGCCUACAUCUCCGACGUCGCUUCCGCGCGCACAGACAUCCAAUCCUACAUCCGCGAAGUAGACGCCCUCUCCCAGGUCUCGGAGCUGCUCCAGUCCUUUCUAGAUUCCUCCGCCGCCGUGAACGGCCAGUUCCAGACCACCGAAGCUGUCUUAUGCCAGACCAUCAAAUCAUGCGAGACAUGUCUGAUGGAUCUCGUCCGGAUGCUGAGCAAACCGACGAGUUUAGCCCGAAGGCUGCUCUGGACGAUGGAGAAGCAGAAGGUGGAGAGUAUCAUGGAGCGGGUGAGGCGGUAUACUCAGCUGUUUCAUUUUGCGUUGAGUGUUGAGGGGUGGGCUGUGCUGUCGCAGACGCCGGCAGAAGUGACGGCUAUUCUGGAAAUGCAGAUGCAGAUGUCGAAGAAAAUGCAGGAGAUUGUUCACGUUACGGAGUCGGCUAAGGCUUAUCGGGAGAAGACGGAGCAGGUGGCGGCUGUGUUGGAGCAUAUGCGGUUGUUGUUCGCGGAUGAAGGGAGGCGGCUCGUGGAGAUUCAGGAGAGGGUGGAGGAUAUUAGUCGAGGGUUGAAAGAUGAUCGGGAGAUGGAGGUUCUCGAAUGGUUGACCCGCGAGCAAGGACCGGGACGGCAUCAUGAGGUUCGGUCACGAAGAACUGCAGGGACUGGGAGAUGGAUGCUGAAACAGUCUACCUUCAAGGAUUGGGUAGAUCCUGCGUCCUCGACUCGUCUCCUGUGGUGUGUUGGAGGGCCGGGCUGCGGCAAGUCCACGUUGAUGUCCUUUGUGGUUGACGAGUUGAAGACUCUACACCCUGGUCAUGAAGCAGCUGUCGCCUAUUACUACUGUGAUUAUCGGGCUCGCACCACGCAACCGCUUUUGCCGGCAUUGGGAAGUCUGGUUAGAGCCUUCUCUGAGGCGUCGCACGGUCUUCCAAGGAGUCUUCAAACGCUGUUCGAUGCAUGUCGUCGAGAACGUCGACCACCCCUGGUAUCAGAGCUGGAAGGUAUUCUGAGUGAGAUCUGCGGUUCUUUCAAGUACCCCUUUGUUCUCAUCGAUGCCUUGGAUGAGUUCAGUCCCAGCGACCCUGCGCAAACAACAUAUCUGACCUGCCUUUUGGACGCUCUCGCCCAGAAUGGAGUACGAGUGUUUAUGACCAGUCGAACUGGGCCUGAGCCUUCAUUAUUGACUUCUGGAUAUUCUGUUGUGAAUUACACUGCUGACAAUGCGGAUAUCAGAACUCAUGUCGCACACGCUCUCCAUACGGACGACUCGAUGGUUGCUCUCCUGGACAGCCAACUGGAAGAGGAUAUCAGCAACACAAUUGUAUCACAAGCUAGUGGAAUGUUCCUUCUGGCAGUGCUGCACUUGCAAAACAUACGGGGCCAGGUGAGCCGAGCGGGCAUUCGCAGGAGCCUCUCCACCCUGAGCCGAGACUUGGGCGACGCAUAUGACAAGACUUUCGAGGCUAUUACCCAUCAAUCUCAGUCUCAGCAGCAGCUCGCAUUUGAUGCAUUACUAUGGGUGGCCUCUUCGUACCGGCCAUUGAGUGCGCUAGAGCUCCGCCACGCCUUGGCGACGCGAAUUGGAGAUGACGAUUGGGAUAUUGAUGAUGUAUCCCCGCUUGGUCUCAUAAUCAAAAGCUGCUGUGGGUUACUCUCUGUGGACAACAUCAAGGACGGCCAGUCUGAAGUGCGGCUUGUCCAUCAUACGCUACAAGAAUAUCUUCAGUCCCGCCAGCCCACCUGGUUUGCAAGAGCGCACGAAGUCAUUGCUCAGACCUCUCUGACAUGCCUUCUAUUCAAGUCCUCUGGAUUACCAACUGCAACUGGAAGGAAAAGAUCUAGCCCUUCUACCAAACGCCACGCUCUCGUUCCAUUUGCGCGAAAGUCCUGGGGCUUUCAUGCUGCAAUGGUACCCCUCGAGUCAUAUCAGGAACUUGCGAUGCGGCUUUUCAAAGACAAAUCACAACUCAGUGCCUUAUACCCAGAGAACCGAUGCAUCUCCGGGAUUCACAUCGCUGCAGGAUUUGGAUUGAACGGUCUCGUCUUGCAGAUGGCGAAGGAAGGCUUGGACGUCGAGACAUUCGAUAGUAACCAUCAAUCUCCUCUGCAGUAUGCCUGUGCCUAUAAUCAUACAGAAACGGCGCUCCAGCUGCUCAAACUCGGGGCUAAUCCAAACCACCUCAACAUCAAGCGUGAUACGUCUCUCUUUCUUGCUGUGGGGAACGGAAACAUAAAGUUGGCCACAAUCCUCCUCGACCACCGAGCAUUACCUGGCCAACUCGGGCGAGACAACUGGGUGCCGCUACACAAAGCAGCUGAUGCAGGGUACUAUGAUAUAGUCGAACUUCUUGUGCGUCGGGGAAGUUGGAUAUCCAGCAGAUCUGCCAAGGGCGUCACCGCACUGCACCGUGCCGCAGGCCGAGGCCAUAUAGAUAUCAUGGCCUUUCUACUAUCCAAAGAGGCCUCCGUCGAGGCAACGACCCACGACAGCUGGACGCCCCUCCACGGAGCAUCAUCCAGCGGACAGACCCCAGCCGUGACGCUGCUUCUCCAACACGGCGCGAACAUCAACCACCGCAGUCUAGACCAGAAAACACCCCUCCACCGGGCCUGCCGCGGUGGCCAUCUCGACACCGUCCAGACUCUUCUGAACCAUAACGCAGACCUCAUGGCCCAAGAUGCAGACGGAAACCUGCCCCUCCACAUCGCAGCCCGAGAAGGCCACUCAGCAGUAGUCAAGCACCUCCUCACUCGUAGCCCCCUACAACAACUGCAGCACAAGAACAAAACCGGACUCACCCCCCUCCUCGAAUCCCAAUGGAGCGGCUCCCGAGACACCGAACUCCUACUCCUCCAACAAGAACCCACCACCAUCACAUCCCCC